AUGGAUCUGCUAGACAACAUCACAUCUAUGAUGACCCACACGGGAAAUGAGCGGUUUGGAAAGCCUAAACCGAAGGCAGAAGUGAAGAAAGAACCCGCAGAUGGACCAACAACUACUGCAGCAUCGACGUCGUCUUUCAGGAUACCUAAAAAGAAACCGGGUGGCACACAACCUAAUGGAAUAACAUCGCAAUCUCCACUCAAUAGAACGGCACUGAACACCAUCAACAAGCUGGAGUCGGGAGAUCGUUCGCGCAGUUCGCUAGAUUCGGGAGACCGUUCACGUGGUUCAUCUCGCGUAGAAAUGGACUAUAAAAGUGGUGUUAGAGAAGUUUUCAAAGCCGAACCAAGAGACAAUUACGGUGGAAGAGCGUUCAAGCAAGAAUACAAGCCAUCAUUUGGAGCUGGAACAUCUGGCGAAUUCGUGAUUCCUCGGAAAGUGGAUAUUGAAAUGAACGGACUUCAGCUAAAUCUAAGCGCUGCGCCAGAGUUUGUUAAUCGUUAUCACAUAACCAUAACAAAGAUCCUGCGGAACAAAGAAAAGGACGCCACUAAAGGUCCCAAGGAGGAUCUGCCGACUCAGCACCGUCGUCGUGCGUUGUUUUCUGUCUUCAAACAGCUGGUGAAGUCUAACCCAGAGGCGUUCGGAGAGGAUCGCUACAAGCACGUUUACGAUCUUGGAAACACCUUCUACUCUGUUGGCUGUAACAUUACUCAAGCGGAUGGUGAUCGCGUCUUCAGGAUUCCUGCGGAGGAUAUCGGCAGUGAAUUCAGUCGGAAUUUCUUAUCAAAAGGUGGCCUGAAAGAGUUGGUUUUUACGGUGCAGUGGACUGGACAAGUAUACAUAAAAGGCCCAAAGCUGAAUCAAGAUGACGGAACGAGGCGUGAGGCAGCGCGAUUCUUUGAUGUUUUGACCAGCCAAAUUUUGUUUCAUGGGGAUCAUUACAUCUUUGCGAACAAAUUUUUCGAGAAACAAUAUGAAUUUGAUGUUCGUUUGGGCGAGGGUAAAUGUGUCAAGAGCGGCUUUGAGAAGAACGUUCGAUUUCUUGGUGACAGCGAUGAAUCUGCGGUUCCCAUACUCCAAAUCGACACAAAGAAAUCCCCAUUCUACAGUGAACAGUCUGUGCUGGACUUCGUUCGCGAAAUUACCGGACGCAAUCCGGAGGAUGCACUAAGUCAGAAGUCACUGAGAAAGAAGGUAGCCAAAGAACUUAGAGAUCUUGUUGUAACUACAACUCAUAUGAAGAAUAACAGAUACUUGUACGUCCACGGUGUGGUCGACAAUAAUGCCAGAAAUCAGUUCUUCGAGACCGAUAUGGGGGAAAUAUCAGUAGAACAGUACUUCUUCCAACAAUACAAGUUCGAAUUACGUUAUCCAUUGCUGCCAUUGGUUGCUGAACGUAAAGGAGCGAGUGGAUUAAGUUUCUAUCCUCUGGAAGUUCUGAAAAUCGAGCGGGGUCAGCGUGUAGAUAACAAAAAGCUUGCUGGACAACUUACUGACAAAAUGAUAAAACAUGCUCGUAUGCUUCCACCUGAAAUGCGCGAGCACAACAGACGCAUGUUGGAAAAUGGACGCUUGAAGGACGAUGAGAAUGCAUACCUUUAUGCUUUUGGUGUCGAAGCCGCCAACAAUUUCGUUACUUGCGAAGCUAAGGUUCUAAGCGCACCAGAGAUUAAGUAUAAAUCAGAUUCUCUUCAACCUGAUCGAAGUGGACCAAUGUUGUCCUGGCGUUUGAACCAAAGAACCCAGUUUGUUCGUCCAGCAACAGUGGAUUCGGUUUCCAUAGCGGUAUUUGACAAAGCAGUGAUGGAUCAACAAGCACUUCACUUUUUUGAAGCGCUGUCACGUGCCGGCCGUGCUCGUGGUAUGACUAUCCCUAAUAAUUGCGCCAAAGUUGUACAAUUACCGUCUGAAGUUGACGAAAUCAUUGAAGAACAUUUCAGAUCUUGUGCUGGAAGAGUGUCGAUGAUCUUGUGUAUCACGAGGAUAAAGAAGGAUGAUGUGCACGACACUAUAAAAAUGCUAGAGGCAAAGCAUGGCGUAGUCACUCAGCAUGUAAGCAAAGACACUGCUUUAGCUUGCAUAAAUGGUGGAAAGACUCUCGAGAAUGUUCUGCUGAAGUUCAACCUCAAAAAUAAAGGUCUUAACCACUCAGUAGGUGCGCCGAGACAAGCCCUUAGCAGCGGCACUACUCAAAAAGAUAUAAAUGGAAAGUUGUUCCAAGGAAAGAUGUUCGUUGGGUUCGAACUAUCUCAUGCAGGCGCACAGUCCCUAUACGAUCGUCAGAAUACUACAGCAGUGAAGGAGCCUACAGUAAUUGGAUUCUCAUAUUCCGUGGGGGAGCCGACGGAUUACAGUGGAUUUUGGUGGUACCAACAGCCACGGCUUCAUAGGAUUCAGUACAUUAAUAAACAUUUUGUCCGGGCGUUCAUGGACUACCACAAAAUGAACAAAAGACUACCAACAGAAGUUUUUGUGUACAGAUCAGGUACAAGCGAAGGAGAGUUUGCUGAGGUGGCUGAGGAAGCUAAUGAAAUUCGCUCUGUUGCGGACAAAAUGAAAGAUUUCAACAAUGGUAGGCCGUACCUCCCAAAAAUAACUGUUAUUGUAGCGCAAACUAACAGUAACUAUAGAAUUAUGCCUGCGUCACUGCCACCAACCAAUGGAGGACGUCAAAGUGCUCGGGAUCUCAACGUCCCUUCUGGAACCUGUGCGGAUACAGCUAUCGUUCAUCCACGAUUCCGGGAGUUUAUACUGACAUCUCAACAAGCAAACAUUGGUACGUCAAGGCCAACUAGAUAUACAAUUGUUGCUGAAGACAAACCCCAAAUAUCAGUGGAUGUAGCAGAGCAUCUCACACAUUUUCUUUGUCAUGGCCAUCAACAAUCAACGCUUCCGACGCAUGUGCCAGCAGUUCUUUACGCUGCAGAAAAUUUGGCGAAACGAGGAAGAGCUGCAUGGAAGAGCUCAAUCAAUGAGAACUGUGAUGGUGCUUCGUCAUCGUAUUCACAACGUAUUUCACUUCGUGACGGAGAAACACCUGAGGAUUUUUAUAACAGAUUCACUCUGGAUCUAAUGAAUUCACUUCCUAACCAUUAUUUUGCUUGA